AUGCACCUUCAUCUAAAACUGAAGAAAUUACAGUUGGAAGAAGAUCGUCUUGAUAUUAUUGAAAGAGAUAAUCGGAUUCUUCUCGAGAAAAUGGCCUAUAUUAUGCGCACCAGAGGUCGAGUUGACAAUUUUCAUGACUACAGAAAUAAAAGUCUGAACGCUGAAAAGCGAGAAAGGGAACAGCUGCGCAUUAGUGUCGAAAACAAGAACAUUCUACGCAGGAUCCUCAGUCGACAACCAGUGUAUAGUCAUCGUGCAUGGCUGGAAGAUUGGAACAAGAAUCGAAACCUACUGAACAAUAUUUCUCAUUUUCCAAAUGAAUGGUGGAAAACAUCGAAAUCCUAUGACAAACGAGUGCCCAGUGAUAGCGUUCGAAAAAGUCGAAACAUGGGAAGUCAAGCGACGAGUCACAGAAAAGAUGAUGACGACUAUAGCCUGGAUUAUGAAACAGAAGACGAGAAAGACACGACAGUGGACACUAAUCGGUCACAAAGGUCAGAGGUGACAAAGGAAAGACGUCCAAAAGCGGGUGAAAAGAAGAAGGGAGGAAAAUCCGAAGGAAAAAACAGUGUAACAAAAACGGAAGAGAAUAAACAUUUUGAAGAAAGAGAAACGAAGGAAGAUGAGAAAACAGAACAAGAAAAAGACAAAACGACGAAAGAAUCCUCGGAGAAUCAAGAUGAUUCAGAAACUGGCGCUGCACAGUCUUGA